UGAGUUCAACGGCGCAGAGGGCGACAGCUUCGUGUGCUGUCCUGUAGCUGAUAUGCCAAGGAUGAUAGAAGUGGAAACCAAAAUGGAACCGAACAUAAAGUUACAUACAAAGCAGUCAUUUUUGCCAGUACACAAUCGUUUGAAAAAAUUUACCAUCCCUAAAAGAACGCCUGAUAAAGAUUUUCUUACUGACUGUUCCACUAAUCAGAGGGAUUACCAUGAAGUUAAAGAACAGCUGACUCAGGGCUGCUUUGACAGAGAAUGUAAUCUGGAAUCCUUGUGGCAUUUUGACAAGAUAGAAAUAGUUCACAAUAAAGAUCUGGAAGAGGAAUUUGUGACAAAGAGGACUAAGAUGCGUGAACAAGGAAGAAUGGACAAGGAACUCCCUAGUUUUUUAGUUGCAUCUAAAGAGGAAGUCUUGAAAAUUUGUCAGAGUGGCCUGCGAACUAGUAAUUCAAUCAAGAAACAACUACACAUCAUGAGCGAGCUGGGAAAUCCUCAACUUGGAGUGUAUUUAUUCAGACAUGUUGAUAUAGCUUUGAAAUAUGCAUCCAAAAACUCAGUCCCAAUAGAAAAUAUCAUUAUUUUCAGGGUUCUCUUGGGGAAAGUGAAAAAAAUUAACCCUCCAAAGGGCAAAAAGAAAGUUCCUUUGGAUCCAACUCCAAACUAUGAUUGUCAUGUAUCCAGAAUUCAUACUUCACUCAAGGAUUCAAUAGAGGACCAGGCCAUUGGUUCUUUGGUAUAUUUUUAUGAAUACAGUGAACUUUCAAAACCUGUGGAUAAGCCUAGGCAGUGUCUUCCGCAUGCAGUAGUAAAAGUAAGCUGUAUUAAUCAGAGAGUGAAAGCCGAUUACCCUGUAGUUUCUUUGAAGAGUAGACCUAAAAAGUUCUCUGGAAGGGGCCGAGGCCUUCUUCUGGAAAACUGUACAAUAGUCACAAGGAUAGGUAAUAGCAAGCUUAUCUAUGAGCAUUUCCAUGCGCCCAAAAACCUUGCAGUAAGUGAGAAUCUGUCUGUAGAAGUUUCUGAAAGUGCAUCCAACUGGAAUGGCUUUGUAGCUGAAACUCAGGAUAGUAAAAUGAAACACAAAUUACCUGGGCGAUGGGAUUUAGCACAAGUAGAAGCAGAUGCACAGAAUGUUCAAUGUACAUCUGAUGUAGCUCGCAACAGAGAUGGUAGAAGUAAGAAUCCAAAUGACACUUCGGUUCAUUAUAGCACUAUCGUAACUUCUAAAUAUAUUAAAGACCCCAGGUUAAAAAAAACGGAAAUAAACCUGGAGGAGAAAAAUGGAGAGCCAAUCUCUCAUGGGAUUGUGCAGCUUGAUAAUGAACUAGAAUACAAAACAGAAAUGAAGAUGUCAGCCACUUCCAGCAUACCAUGGCAUGACCUCGAGGAACUUUUUUUGCUUGCCAACUCCUGUAAUACCAUUAGUGAAGAACCAUAUACGUCAGAAACACCACAGAAAGACUUGGUUUCAAGACAGCAUAGAUCACCUAUAAGUAGCAAUAAUAAGUAUUUGGUGAACAAUGAACACACCAUAGUUAAUGUAAAUCAACUUAAUAGAGAAAUUCUAGAUUCUCAGAACACUGAUAGAGAGGUAGCACACAGUGGAAGAUUGACCAUGAAUGAAAUCCCUGAAAAGACUCCUGGGCAAAUACCUCUUUUGUCUGAAAGAACAAGCAUCUCCACAGAUGAAAAGGAAGAAAAUACAUCUAAAAAAAAUGAGGAAUGCAUGGAUAAUGUAAAAGAUUGGAUAAACACUUCUCAUAUUUUGGAUUUGGAAAACUCACCUUCUGAUUUCAACUUGAAUUUUCAAGUCAAGUGUUCAUUAACAGAACCACAGUUGAUGAAAACAGAACGGAGCAAAAAGGAAUUGGGUGACCUACCUAAUCCAGCAUUGCUUACUACCUGCACUGGCCUGACAACAGAAGAUACUGCCUUUAUGUUAGCCAGCUCUACUCCUGCGCCUUUGAAGUAUGUGAAGGAUACAGAGAUUAAACGUCCUCUGUCUGAGAACACAAUAAACAAUAGUUUAUCUGGUAACAACAGCAUGCCAGAAAUAUUUGAACAGGAAUUGGCAGUGGAGUUCAGGAACGUUAAUAACCCAGAUGUAGAAGUUAAUAGUGAGACUGAUUUUUUUUCUGAGGAGUACAGGCAAUAUUCCUCAGUACCUCAGAUGCUGUGUAGUGAUUUUGAAGUGUCUAGUGAGGACACUGACUCUGAAUAUCAGUAUUUACAACAGCGUAUGGAUUGGGAGGGUCGGUUCAUGAAAUCUCGUCCAGAUACAGAGAUUUCAGGAAGUACUUUUCUGAAAGAAAACAAAAAUUACUGUUCCUGUGAGGAAAAAACAGAACUGGGGGGAAAAGCCUCAAAAAUGUUGGACAUAGAUGUUAGGCCUGACUUACAAAUUUCAGUAGCUAACACAUUACACCCCUGUCAUAGUUCUCGCAAAGUGAAAACAAAAAAGAGGAAAUUUGUAACUAAAUGUUCAGGACAAAAAACAGGUGUUAAGUGGUCACAAAAAAAGAAAAAAGAAAAUUAUAUACGGGGCCAGAAAAAUUCUAGACUGUGUCACAGAAAGAAAGCACUGAAUACUCAAUGUUCAUCUGAAAUGGCUCUUCUGAUAUCUGAAGGACAAUUUGAAACAUUUGAACAAUCUGAAAAGCAUAUUAAGAAUGUUUUGCACGCUCUUAACACCAGGUCAUUAUUGGGCAAAAACAAGCAUCUGUUUCGAAACAUAAACGGCGCAACGUUUCACUUACAAAAAGCUCAGAGGAGUGUUAAGAAGUCUUUAAAAAUCUUGGCCAUGACUGGAAAGAAAAAAAGAAAAAAUGACUCACCAUUAAGAGUGGAUACAAGGCAGGAAGUUAUUGCCACAGCUGUGAUUUUACCUUGCGCCUAUGAUAAUGUCUUGCCAAACAAAACCUAUCAAAAGGAGAGCGGCCUUUCUAUUGAACAUUCUAACAACUGCGAAAACAUCGCUAGUGGCACCAAACGUCAAGUAGCUCUUGAUUUUAUAAUGCAGAUGUCAGAGAUUUUGCAGAAGGCAGAUGAAACAUCAUGCUUAAAUGUGUUAGAAGAACAAGUGAUUGUUUGCAAAAACAUUCUUCCCUUGUUCAUUGGAGCUUUUGAAGAAAAGCAGGGCUGCUCUUUUGAACAUGUCUUGGUGACAAGGGAAAAUGCAGAAAAAAGUAUGCAGGCUACAUUAAAACCUUGUGCCAUAGAGUCACUUGUUGAGUUACAAAUUAUAAUGGAAACCAUUGAAUUUCUGGAAAAUAAAAGGAAGUACUUAAAAAACAAACAAACUUUCCGUAGCUUGCUUUGGUUUGACAAUUCAUUGUCUAUUGAGUUGUUCGGGGGCCAGUCUGGUUAUCAACAACAAUCAAAUAUAUAUCCUGCUUUUCAGGAGAGUCUAAAAUAUGAGGCUUUUAAUGAGUUGCAAAACCAUCACCAAAAAUUAGUAGACAAGUUUGAGAUCACAAGAUUGGAAAACAAAUCUUACUAUUGCUUACUGAAAUUAAGAAGAGAAAUUAAGGAAAUUAAAUCAGCAGUGAAAAGUAAUUAUCUUUUGUCUGCGUUUUUCCUUUCAGAGCCAUAUAUUUGUGGAGCUAACUAUGGAGAUACAGUAGAAGAUUUAGUAAAUGCUAGAAAAAGUAUAGUAGAUUUAAUAAAUGUGUGUAGAAGUGAAUCAGGCAUUCCCUUAGGUACUGAAAAACUGGAGCAUCUUGGGAUUAUGAUGGAUAUUAUUUCUACAAAGAUAGAAUUUAUUAGAACCUGUGAAAAGGGGAAAAUAAAUGCAUCAUUCAUAGGGUUAGAACACAUAUAUUUUAAUGCUGCUGUAAGUUGUAUUUUGAGAGAAAGAUCUGCAUUUGCAAAUGGAGAUUUUAAAAAUGGGGAAGGACAAACGCUCAAAAUAUAUGAAGCUGCCCUUUCUAAACUCUAUGAAAUUUAUGAGGAUAAAGUGGAGAAAUUUGAAAGAAACUUGAAUUGUGCUUCUGAAGAACACAUUCUGAACAAAUCAAUAGAAAAACCUUGCAACUGUGAAGAGGUACAGGGAGAGGCAAAUUAUGAUAUUAGAAAUUAUCUAGUGUCAUAUCCAGAGAUUUGUGUUGGAGAAAUACUGGAUGAAGCUGAGUCUGUAAAUCUUGAAAAGUUACGGCAGCACCUAUGCAAAUACACUGAAUAUCUGGAAAUCCUGAAGAAGUGCUUUCAGAUUGUACAGGAAGUGGAUGUCGAUCACGUGUUGAUCACAGAAGAAAAUGUGCUGAGUUUCAUGGAAAGCAGCAGCCUAAGGCCCGUACGAUUAAAACCAGAAGCCGUUGAGGUUUAUAUGGAUCUGGCAAUGGUGCACGAGACAUUGUGUUUCAUUAAAAAUGCAAUAGCCAGAAAAGAAGAUAAGCCAAGAUUUCGGAGCUUAUUGUGGUGUGAUUAUUCACUUGUCAAUGAACUCCUAUAUUGCCAACAGAAAAUGGCUUCCUUUAGUUGUCAAAAGAAUAACCCUUUAGAAAUUACAGAGUCUUCCAUCUCUAUCCUACAGGAUGAGUUAAAUGUUGUUUAUGACUAUGCAGAAAGCUUAAACUGUUCUUAUGCACGCCAGCUUCUAACAAGAGAGCUUGAAGAACUUUUAGAGACAAGAACAUACCUGCAGACAUCGGUAUCCUCUAUUUCCAUGUGUAUUGACUUGGUUCCAUAUACUAUAGCUCUAAAUUUCGGAAGUAAUGUUUCUGAACUGGAAUACAAUUAUAGACAGUUCUAUUCGCUUUUUGAAAAAUUGCUGUUGCCAGACAGGAAGGAUUUGGGGAAAAUGGCUCAUGUUAUGAAAAUUCUGAAAACGAUUGAGCAUAUGAAAUUUAUCUGCGCCAAACUACAAAAACCACCUCUUCCCCUGGUCAUAUGCCAAAUGCUUAAAAACUGGAGAAAAUCUCGUCUGUUGAAAAAACACGAAGAUGUUAAAAGACAUGGAAAUAACAGCACACACCACAAGAGACCUGCUGGUAUAACUUCAGAAAACAGUUCCUGUGACCACAAAGAGAAAAACGAUCCUUCUGAUAGUAAAAAGAAAAAGGUUGUUGCUUCAUUGAUGACCACCGAAAAGAGAGAAGAAAAAGAAAGCUGCAAGAAUGUGAGAAAGGCUGCAAGACCUGUGCCAUUAGAAAGAGAAGAACUACAAAGAAGAAUUUCCACAGACAAUACUUCGAAUAAAAAAGAUAAGUGUUUGAAAUACAGGUCAUCUCUCUCACCUUCACAUUCAGAAGGUUUGAAAGUGGCUGAUUCCUUAGACUAUAUUGAGUUUUCACCAAAGGUUUCUACACUAGUGAACUCUAAUAUGUUGAACAAUCAGAAAAAUCAAACAGAUCUGAAAGACUUCAACAACGUCCAGAGGGAUUGUUUAAAAGAAAAUGAUCAGGAAUGCUUUGCAUCUUGUAUUAAAAGAGGUCUUACAUUAAGAGGUACACCCGUAUCUCCAAAUAAAGAUCCAUCUCCACAGAAUUCCCCUAAGGUCUCUUUUACAUCAGCAGCAAAAUUAAAUGAAGAUAUUUCUGCACUACCCACACUAAAUCAGUACCGUGAUGUGAAACUAGAUGUUACAGGGAAUGUUUCAUGUUUGAUUCCUAUGGAUUGCACAGCCAUACCCCUGGAACUUGAUAGAAAUGGGGAGAUGUAUGGAAAAAAAUCUGAGCCCAACCAUGCACUGGCCUAUAAUUCUGAUUCCUUAGAAAUACCUGAAUUAAAUAAAUUCAUGGAGCUGGAGUCUUUGUGUUCAGAUUCAUUUUCCACUGAAAAUACCCACACCUCUGCUGAAUGUUCUGAUUUCAAUCAAAAUGAACAUAUAGAGGAAACACCUCAUGUUCCUAACUACUCCAUGCAUACUUACAGGACAUUCUGUCCCUCCUAUUCUUGGUACUUCUCUCAAACUGAUAGCAGUUACCAAUGUACUCAAAUGUACCAGGAGUUCAGCUCUAACGAAAUGAACCAGCUGACUCCAGCUAUGCUUACAGCUACCAGCAUGGUAUAUAACAUGCAGUCCAGUACAUUUUAUUCACAAUCCUAUAGUCAUUUUGGGGUUGGAGAAUCACAGAGGUUCAACUUUGCCCAAACCUACCCAGUACAUAGCUGUUUCAGCUCUACAAUGUCCUUUCCAUACAGCUAUCAGCAAUGGUCACCGUGGUACACAGAAAGACCUCCUACAGCACAGGCUGCUUAUCCAUAUUCUUCCAAUACUGGCUUGUGAAUUGGUGGGAUUCGACACUAAGUCUUUAUCAGUAACAUUUCAGCUUGUAGAACAAGUUAUUUACUGCUUGCCUAAGAUACUGGAAUGCUACUAAUAAAGUAGUAAUUAUUAUUAUGAAACAUUGAUCUGAUUUUGUACUGAUUUAAAUGCUGUUGAUUCCUUUUUGAGGAGCGCCCUGUAAAUGCCCAUACCAUGAAGAAAGCAAUACAUGAAUAUUGGCAUGUCCAUCACUUCCUGGCAAUAAUUCACACAAGCGCACGUAAACACUUUUUUGGGGUGCAUGUAUCAUGACUGAGAAGAAGUACUUUUGACACAGUCGGUCCCAUUUUACAUCAUGCAUAGGACUGCUCUGUGGAAGUUUUCUAAGGUCCAAAGUAGCCACUGGGGACUUUGAAAACUGCCACCACUGUUAUUUUGGAGUAUUCUUAGGCUUUGUUCUUUCAUUUUAGAAACUGAGGGCCAAAUUACACAUCAGUAGAGAAACCAGGGGAAGAUGGAUUGCUCACUUAUAAUGCUCCCCCCCCCCAACUGGGAGAAAAUCACUAGUGAAGCUUUUGGUGGGGGAAAAUAUUUGGGGGUAACAAACAUACAAUAGCCACAACACAGAGAGAUGCCACUCUUGUCUGUGAAUGCCCCGUUUUGCAAUUGUAUUUCCGUGACAAAUGCAGUUGGGAAGCAUGUUUGCUGAGAUAACGUAAUCUUGUUCUGAAACGAUUCUUGUGCAUCAUCACGGCUGACAUUAUUAGGACUUGAAACUGUCCUUUUUGUUUAUUCUGUGGGGGAGAUUUCAGCAGUUUCAGUAAGUUGAGAAGAAACUAAAAUGACUGGUGAUUGGAAGUGGGCUGGUGAUUGGAAGCAGAGGUUCGUGGUGUUGAAGUGAAAGCAGCAUACCAGCUAAGAACUAGACUGUGACAAAGACAGUGGCAAAAACCAUUAUGUUGCUUGUACUAAAAAACACUAAAACACUGUUUUCUCUAUUUUUAGUUGCCUGACAACAGUCACCUGUUUAGUUAAAAUAUUUUCGUAGACUGAUUUGAAUGACAGCUGAAUAAUAUUUUCAUCUGAAAAGACUUCAACAGGCAAAUAAGCCAGAUCAGAAUUUGAUUGGCCAUUUAGCGCUUAAGAGGCGUGUUCUGAUUUGAUGACAGUGGGGUUUAAGUGUUCAUGUGCUGGAUUCAGACACUAUUUCCCAUCAGGCUUGGUACCAAACCGCUGGAUUUGUUUUGAGGUUAACACUUCAUCUGAUUGAUCUGCAAAGCAGUAACUCUUGGCUGCUUAGAUUUCAAAACUAAUACAAAAGUCCAAAACAGAGUGCACCAGUAAACAGAACAAGGAAAAGGAAAACAAAGUGGUAGAUGAUACAGUGGGAAAAAUGUUUUAUUAGAUUUGACAAUCCCUACUUAUUUUUUUCUGUGCUCCGUCAAGGUGAUCUGUUGGGGAAAUGUUUCCAGAAUUGGGAAUUUUCUGGCAACAUUACCACACAGAUUCCCCUGAUGAAACACAGACAAAAUGUGUAGGAGUUGUCUAUCUAACAAAAUACUUUUCCCACUACACCAGUCACUUUUUUUUCCCUUUUCUUCUGCUUAGAUUUCAUCCAAUAGGGGUCCUGUUAAAACAAGGGGGAUUCAGUUUGUUUAAAUGCCAACCACACUUUUCUUUUGUGCACUAAUUGUGCUUUUCAUGUUUGUGAUUUUUAUUCAGAAUUCUAGCUGUGUGUGUAUGUUAAAUGUGGAUGUUUUAAACGUCCCAAAUGCUUUUUAUAAAAUGUGAUAUCUUAAUAUUUUAUAUUGUGAUAAUGUAAAGACUGGAAUCAGAAAGCAGUACCAUGUAAAAUUAUUUUUGCAGCUCACGUUCUGUUUUAUAUUCAUAUUUGUGCCAUUAUUUUUGAAUCUUAGUAUUUAUAUCUGUUAAAGCUCUUUGAUUUUGUGCAUUAUAACUUUAAAUAAA